AUGCCUGAAAUUGCAGAAGUUGCACGCAUUGUCCACUUCUUACGACUUCACGUUGUGGGGAAACGCAUCAUAUCCGCUUCAGCAAUAGAUGACAAGAAUGUGUUUGGUAAAGUUGGGACAAGUGGCGAGGAGGUUGAAGCUGCCCUGAAGGGAAAGAAGAUUAUAUCUGUUGGAAGUCAGGGUAAAUACUUCUGGAUAACCCUCGAAAAGCCUCCGCAUCUAGUAAUGCAUUUUGGAAUGACAGGUUGGAUGCAUAUCAAGGAUGAACAGACAGCAUACACCAACUAUUACAAGAAGAUGAAGGAGGGCGAGCAUGAGCAAUGGCCACCAAGGUUCUGGAAGUUUCAGUUCAAGACCGAGGGUUCUCCUGGAGUUGAAGCUGCUUUCACAGAUUCGCGCAGGUUUGGUCGUGUGCGACUCAUCGACUGCCCAGGAGAUGAGAUACGACAGCACUCACCCCUUGUCGAGAAUGGUCCAGAUCCAGUGGUUGACGUUGAUCGGUUCACCGAGGAAUAUUUGCACACCAAAAUGAGAGCCCGUCACGUCCCUAUCAAAGCCCUUUUGCUGGAUCAAACAAUGAUCAGUGGUAUCGGGAACUGGGUUGCAGACGAGACACUGUACCAAGCCAAACUCCACCCUGAACAGUACUGCGAUCAGUUCAACGAUGAGCAAAUCAGCACUCUGUUUAAGAUGAUACGUUACGUCUGCCAAACAGCUGUCGACAAGCUAGGAGACUCCGACGAGUUCCCGGACCAUUGGCUCUUUAAUUACAGAUGGGGUAAAGGAUCCAAAGAUGCUGCCACUAAGCUGCCCAACGGAGACAAAUUAGCUUUCAUCACAGUUGGCGGGCGAACGAGCUGUUAUGCUCCAGGUAUACAGAAGAAGACUGGCCAUACAGCUUCCGGAGUCAAAGAAGAACCCCUCGAAAGUAAGGCCGAAGCAAAGCCCCCCAAAAAGUCAAGAAAGAAGUCACCAGUUGUGAAAGAAGAAGACGGUUCACCCCCAAAGAAGAAGCGUGCGAAGGCUGUCAAGAAGGAGGCCAAUGGGGACGCCAUAAAGAAAGAGGCCGAUGCAGAGGAAGACCAGCCAGAUCUAGGACGAAGGAGGUCGGCUCGUCUAAGGAAGUAG